UCGGCCACAAUAUUGGAGGAAUGCGCUUUUGUCGCUCGCUGGGGGUGGAGUUACAAAGUGAACGAGCGCUGCCUACCAAACACGGAGAGGAGAAGGAGGAGAGAAAGAGAAAGGGGAGAGACGGGCGGGCAGGCUGCCCACCGUAAACGAUGGUUGUCGGAUAGAGUCUUGAAGACCUAAUGAAACUGGCUGGUUGUAUUGUUUUGCAGCGAUUACAGAGCUCAGUAGCCCGGCGUGCUUUGCAUCUCCCGGAUCCUUGGAGGGAGACAGGAGACGCAGCAGCACGCAGAUAACAAGAACAGUUUAAAAAAAAAAAGAAAAAGAAAAGAAGAGGACUUGCUUAUUGGCUCUUCUUUUGCCACUGUUUUUUCAUCCUUAAUUUCCCUUUCACGUAAGCAGCACACAAGUCUUUUCCAGGGGACAGGACCGUUUCAUGCCCGGGCGAAGACCGACCUCCCGCUUGGACCCAGUGCUGGCCUCCCGCACUCCUCUGGCGGGCUCAGAAGCAGCAGUUCCCGGCAUUUGCUGGGAUGUUUGAGUCGCGUUGUUUGGUGGGGUGAAGGGACCGAGAGAGUGGCCGGAGAGACCAGAGGGGACGGAGGCCGAGAGAGGAGCCGAGAGCAUGGCUCUGGUAGCGCUGUCUCUCUGGGUGCUAACGAGUCUCACCUGGGCGAACCUGCUCCAGGUGUCAGCCAACAGGCAUUCCGUUUACUGGAACAGCUCCAACAUACAUCUGCGCAGGGAGGGCUACACGAUGCAGGUAAACGUCAACGACUACCUGGACAUCUACUGCCCUCAUUACAAUGACAGUCAGCGCAUGGUUGGCACUGGAGAGCAGUACGUCCUCUACAUGGUCAGUUACCGUGGUUACAGGAACUGCGACCCCCAGCUUGGCUUCAAGAGGUGGGAGUGUAACCGGCCUCAUGCCCCCCACGCACCCAUCAAGUUCUCUGAGAAGUUCCAGCGCUACAGCGCCUUCUCGCUGGGCUAUGAGUUCCACGUUGGACAGGAGUACUACUACAUCUCCACGCCCACCCAUCACCACGGCCGCAGUUGUCUGAGACUACGAGUGUACGUCUGCUGCUCCACGGCCUCUGACGUGGACGAUGAGCCAGAGCCCACAGAACCAGACUACACGCUUAGACCAGGCCUAAAAAUUGACGAUAUUGAUGAAUUUAACCCUUUCGUUCCCAAGCUGGAGAAGAGCGUCAGCGGAAGCAGCCCGUCCAGGGAUCGCCUUCUCCUCACAGUGAUGAUGCUCCUUCUGGCCAUUCUCUUCAUCUCCUAGCAACGGCCAUCCCAUCAGCGUCACCAUGCCAACUAGCCUUGGGAGGGUGUACAAUAUAAGUGGGUGGGAGAGAAGGGGGGGGGUCAGGAGAGGAGAGGAGAGUUAAGAUACCACAAAUAUAGCAGAAGGCAAGAGGAGCAAGACUUUGAAAUGAGAGUUUUCAAGAAUCACAGUUUGAUUUUGUGUGUGUGUGUGUGUGUGUGUGAGUGUGAGUGUGUGUGUGUGUGUGAGUGUGUGUUUGUUUGUUUGUUUGUGUUUGUACAGCUGUGUGUUUGAUGGAGUGUGGUUUUGGUGGAGUUUAAAGACCUUCAGGCGCUCAGUGACACAGACUGAACCGUAUAUUGCGUUAAAGUCAGCCUCUGCACACAGAUGCAGGUGUGGUAGACUAUGUGUGAGAAUGUCUGUUUCUAUGUGUGUGUGUUUGUGUGCCAGAACAGGCCACAGGUAGAGCUUGUUGAAUCAUGCACACCACACAAAGCAUUUAUACAACGGGAGAGGGGCGAGACUCAAGGCCAUCGAAUCCAUCCACCCAAUUGAAAACCAUUUGAAGACUUUCUCCUGGAUCUGAUUGGCUAAAACACUUCCUUAGGGCUAGUUUCCAUAGUUUCGUGCAACAAGACUUAAACUGAACUCAAAUGAACUGAAUCAAAUAGAUUUCAGCAGAAUUGAACUGAAUUUGCCUUUUUUUGUGUUGAUGUUAUUGCUGUUGAUCUUGAUGCUGGGAACAGUCCCAUUCCACAGAGGAAAAAAGGAACCAGCUGAUGAACCGUGCUGGUCCUGUGUAGGAAACUAGUCAAAAGUAGCUGAUAGUUCAUACACAAACACACCGUCGGACUCCAGACUCCAGUGUUUUAGUUGCAAUCUCCAGUCUACUGUGUCAUCAUGUGUUCACCAUCAGUCUCUAAAGAACGCAGCGGGACUGGACGGGGUCAGGGGGAACCACAGAGCAUUUAAAUGAUGACUCAUUCAUUUAAACAUCUUUUUGGGGGAAAAGAAAGGGAGGAGGAACUUAGAUGUGCCAUGACAUAAGUUGAUGACAUAAGUUACUGUGUUACUUUUCUGUCCUGUCUUUGAAGUACACAGUUGGUCCUCUGUCAUCUCCGAGUUAAAGAACACGAUGGCUACGGAGCAGCCAUGGAUACACUCAGCAAUACUGCCCUCCUCUCAACCGACUGCAAGCUGUUUGGAGGAGAGGAAGAGGAGCAAGGAGGGGGACGAGGGACGAAGAAAGUCACUCACGCAAGCAUAUAAGGACAGGUCCAGUCCCGGACAAUGAGAAGCUCUCCACUGGUCCAUGUUGGUGAAGCAGCCUGCUCUACCAAUCUCAUCUCUGUAAACUCAUUUGUCAGAUGCCAUAUGUGAACGGUUUUCUGUUACUGUAUGAUUCUGUUUGUGUGUGCCUGAGAGAGGAAAAAAAACACAUGUCUGAGUCCGCCAUGUUUGAGUGUUUGAGAGUGAGUGAGAACAUUUUAAAUGGUACUAAUUGAAAAUACAUCCACAUACUGUACAUCUUAUAAGUAUGAAAAUGCAAAAUAAAAAAAAAAUCCAAACACAACUAAAGCAACAAGUAAUACAUACAAACCAAGUGCUUUGGUGGGGAGGUAUGGCAAUUCAAAAUUCAAACAACUGUACCAGUCGGUUGCUUCAGACUAGUGUUCCCAUAGCAACUAGCACCUUAUUCACCAUGGUUACCAUACCCUGCCAACGAUGGACUCUAGUAGGGCAUGGCUUACCAUAGUGACUGAUAGCAAUGAUGAAGGUGAUGAUGAGUAUAAUGAUAAUGAAGAUGAUGAUGAUGGAGUGCGAGCUGACCAUGGGCCAACCAGGUCACACAGCGACGUAUGAGAUGCUCAAGUACCCAAGUCAAAAUGGACACAGAGUGGAAUUCCAAUGUUUUGAAAUCUGCCAAGGUGAAAUGUGAUGUAAGGAUUUGUACAAACUUGAAGCUCAGUUUUAUUUGUGUUUUUUUUUUUUUUUAGUUAUUUUGUUGAGUUUGUUGUGGUGUAUAAUUGGUCAUCUUGCGGGGGAAGGCAGGGGUUUAAAAAGUUGGAAAAUUGGGUGGGUUGAGUCAUAUGUAGACCUGGGCUGCACUCUGUGAAUCUCUUAGCCAAGUGAUUAUUCGGAUUUAUGGUUAAAAUAUCUUGUAGUGUAUAACUUUUAGAAAAAAAAAAAAUCCUGACCUUUUUGGCUCAUUUUGCUGUUCCCUUAAAGUGACUCAUUAGGAGUACUACUCAGCCUUUGAAAACAUGUAAGAUAUCUUCUGUGGCUCUGGAGGGAGCCUUUUAAAAUCUGAGAAAAUAACCCUGAUGAUGUCACUAGGGUUGAAACUUUCACAGAAAACCUGUGUGACGAACGAGGACCAUGAUGUUUGAAAAAUGUGGACAUUUACCAUGCAGGGAUGGACUAACAGUCAGUUUUAUCAAGUUGCAUCAUGGGGGUUGUAGGAUUCAGUGUUUUCGGAGCUAGGAACCCAUACUAGAGAAUAAAAGUUGGGAUAUGUUCACAUCCAGGCUGUGAACAGUUCAACCAAAGGUUGGUUAUUCCCUCUGACAGUUGUAUUUGAAUACUUUUUAGAGUCCUGGAAAGGUCAAAUUAUCCAGUAAUUCACACACACAAGAAGAAUAAACUUGAUUUUGUGUGGUGAAG